AUGGCCUCCAACAAACGAGACCUUAUAAUUAUCUCGAUCGCUCAGCUUGUAAUUGCAGGUAUCCUCUUCGUUCUCGGAAUGGUAGACCAUUUUGAAGUUCGCUUCAUGUAUGCCAGUCUCAUAUUGAUGCCAAUUUGGAUUGCCCUUCUUGUCAUACCCAUCGGCAUCAUGGGAUUGGUUUUAGCCGUGAACAGAUCCAGACCCUCCUCUGCUUUGAUGAGCGGCCUGAGGUCAGUGAGCAUUGCAUGUGUCGCUGUAUCAGUACUAACCAUAUAUACCUCUGCGAUUGCACUUAAUACCAUAUUGAUCAUCAAAUACUGG